CGGCAGCCAUUUCUGUUGUGGUUACUUUGACCAAGUACGCUGAACUCGUAGUGUCUCCGGCAGGAGAGAAAUACAGAUAAGAAAAGAAAAGGGAAGGAAGAAGGGACGAGGAUAUCUCCUCAUACAGCUGGCUAAUUUAUUUAGCUGGUUACUCGUAUGAACAAGUGACUACAGCUGAAGACGUACCAAAGAAUGGCUGAGCAAAGGAGCGGAUAUCGGCAGUUAGCCAAUGAGGAGGAGACGGAGACGCCUGAGGUGCCCCAGCAAGGAACUGAUGCUCCGCCUCCUUACACCAGCAUUGCAGCAGACACAGCAUUCUUUGAUUACAAAGAUGAUGGGAAUUACCCCAAACCCCCUUCUUACAACGUCGCCACAUCUUUACCUUCAUACGAUGAAGCUGAGAGGUCCAAGGCAGAGUCCAGCGUUCCUCUGAUGCCCACACGGGACGAGGACUUCGCUGCCAGAGACGAAUUUGAAGAUGUCGACCAGCUACGAGUCGGGAAUGAUGGGAUAUUCAUGCUGACGUUCUUUAUGGCUUUCCUUUUCAACUGGAUCGGCUUCUUUCUGUCGUUUUGCCUGACCACUUCGGCAGCGGGGCGCUACGGCGCAGUCUCUGGGUUCGGCCUCUCUUUGGUUAAGUGGGUCCUGAUUGUCAGGUUCUCCACAUAUUUUCCGGGAUACUUUGAUGGGCAGUACUGGCUGUGGUGGGUAUUUCUGGUUGUAGGAUUCCUGCUGUUUAUCAGAGGUUUCGUUAAUUACUCCAGAGUGCGCAACAUGGCCGAUCAUUCCUUCCCAACCGUUUCUCGCACCAGAGUUCUUUUUAUCUACUGAAGAUUUUCUCAGGACUAUUGUGAAAUCCACAAAAUGGCGAAAUUCAGCUUUGAAUCUUCAGAAAACAGUGCUAAGCAGAAGCCGCUGCAACAAAAUGACCAAUAAAUGGAGAAAAAGAAAAAAAGAUUUAGGUACAGUUAUGUAUAUUUACCAGGCUGUUGAUAGUCCUCUAAUCAAGUAUUUAUCAAGUAACUCAUUUCCAGUGCAAUCAAUCAUAGCGACAUAAACGCAUCGUCUUUUCAUAUACUUUAAUCAGCACACUGACAGAUAUAACGAUUAACCAUAUUUGGUCACCACUGCUUUAGACAAUUAAUGCCUAAAUUAAAAACAAACAAAAAAAAUACCAUCAAUGCACCCAGUUAAUAUGCCUGUUCAGCUCAUUUUACACCAGAUGCACCACUGCAAUGCUUUUCAAUUUAUAUAAAUGUAGGGAGCUACAAUACAAAGCUUAUUCUCGCUGUGCUUUCUCUUACCAUGGCUAAUUACAUAAAGCAUGCAAAUAUCUCAAUUCAAUAUCAGAUCAGUACAAACAUCAUUUGUAUAGUUUCUAAAGGUUCUUGUGUUUGCUUUCAAGCAGUUUGACCACGUGGUGUUCGACAGUGUGUAUGUUGUUGUUUUGUAGUCUUUCUAGCUAAAUGCUAGAAACUGCCUUCAAAUAGAGACUCGAGGUGUACAAAUCUGUUUUGCGAUUCUCGCCAAAUUGGGUGAAAUGUAAAAGGAUACACCAACUAACGUAGGAGAGUGUCAAAUUCCAUACUUGCUGCAUCUGGUGUAAAAUGAGCCGUAGUGUUCUCAUUUAUAGAGUACUGGGGGAAUUUUUUGUUUUACUUUGUGAGUAAGUAUAGUAAACCUUGUUUUAUUUUUUUGUGAAAUAUCAAGUUUAGGUGUUUUAGGGACAGUGCAAUUUGAAGAUGUUAAAGAUUAAGCAGCAGACAGUUUUAAAGAAUCUGCCAGAAUCCAAAAUAAUGGCUAAUUAGUCUCAGAAUGAUUUGUCUAAUAUACAAAAGAUAAAAAUAAAAAAAGGUCUUGCUAUUGUGAUUAGGACCAAAUAUUCAAAAUGAAGCUUUUCACUCUGAUGCACACUGAUUUGUCAUACAGUGACACCUAAAAUUGCAUCUGUGUUUCCUCUGUGAUCUGUAUAAUAUAAUAUUGCGGUAAUUUAUAUUGCCAAAUCAGUAGAUUUCCCACUGUCUUGUUAAUUUUCCUAUUUAGUUUUCGUGACAUGCAUGUUGAUGAAAUAGUUCUGCACAGUGUGGUAUAAUGUGGUUUAUAUGUUUACACUUGUGCAAAAUAACUUUUAAUAAACAUUGCUUCUGUAGCGACAUCA